AGUUAUUUUUAUCCACAGCUAGAACCAAAGUCAACCAACAUGUGACCCAUGAAUACAGAUGUACCAUGACUUCUAGAUAUCUAUCGGCUUCUCAACAGAACUUUACACGUCUGUCAAUCAUCAGCGUAGACUCAAUAAGGUUAGUGUUAGAAGACAUUCUGAGAAGUCAGAUCGAACCAGCAGACCUAGAAAAUGCCAUCAAUUCUUGUUCUUAUUUGGGUGAUAAUCUUCGACCAGAGCAGAAGGCGCUUUGCUGUCUUCCCUCACCUGACUACAGCACAUUUGAUGUCUCUUUGUUAUACACAUUAAUAUGAAAUUUGUGUCCGGUCUUCAAACAAACAAAUAAAUGGGGACAACCAUCAUCCAAUUCGCAGUUGCGAAUUGGUGACGACAUUGAGCGCCUCCGAGUGUUUCGAAACGAAGUGUAUGGGCAUUGCGAAUCUUCCAGUGUCAGUGAUACAUAUUUCAAGUCACAAUGGAAGGAGAUAGAAACUAUUUUACUGAGGGUACAAAAGUUUAUGACGUCAAAUGGGAACAACGUCGACUAUAUGAAAGAGCUUGCACAAAUAGCGGAUAAAGAUAUUGGGUGUGAAGACAUGCUGAAAUUCAGAAUAUUAUUGGAUGCAAUGAUAAAGCUAGAAAAUGAAGAUGUGCCGGCCCUUCACAGAUUGGAAGUCAGUACAGGAUGGAGGGAAUAAGGGUACAUUACAAAUACGAAGUCAGAGGUAACUCUCCAACUGUGAAUCAUAUCGCCUGGACGAAAAACGGAGAUCGUAUACGCAUCGAUAACAUGAAAUACAUUGGCGGGGAUCUGAAAGACACGUGUCUGACCAUUACGUCACCAGCACAAGACGAUAUAGGCCAGUACACCUGUACAAUUGGCAAUGCUGUGGGUGAAGUAUCGGAGUAUCUGUCAUUAGAUGUACCUCGUGCAAAAAUUUCCACCGAAAAGACAGUUUACUUUGGUGAUGAGACCAAGAUCAACUAAGAAAUAACAGCUUGCCCCCAUCUGGAAGAAGCUUCAUGGGAGAUGAGUUCUGAUUCGGUGACAUUUGAAACCAUAGAUGUGGAUAAACAUAGAUAUUUCGGAAGCAAUAAAGAUCCGAACAACCCAAUUCUGAUUUUUCCAAAGGCAAACUUCGAUGACAAAUUAUAUUAUUGACUUGUUAUAAGGAAUAUAAUAGGACAACACGUCAGCAACAUAGUCUAUCUCAAUGUGACAGGUGAUCCUCCGAAUAUUUCAAACAGCCAUGUAACUAACAUCAAGAAGCGUUCAAUGACGUUGACAUGUGAAAUCUUCCUUUAUGAGAACGGACCUCCGUUGCAAGAAAUCUUGUGGAUGAAAGAUGGAACUGAUAUUGACAUUGCCAGAAGUGGAGGGAAAUAUUUAGGAGGGAGUAUUUCUGAUCCGUCUCUAGUCAUCUUAGAUGUCAGCCAAUUUGAUAAAGGGUCGUAUCAGUGUAAAGGCUCCAAUGCUGUAAGAUCCACUCUUGACAAAGUCAUUGUAUUAGAUAUUCCUGACAUUGACGUUGAAGGUCCAGCUACACCGCAAAAUGACGUACAAAUCUUCACAGCAAUUGUGAGGUCAAUUCCAGCGCCAAGCAAAGCUCAUUGGCUCGUGAAACCCGAGGGACAAAAUGAGUGGAUAUCAAUAAAUAUCAACAGUGACGAAUAUAGAGGGACAACAAACUCCCUCCCACAGCCUGUGUUAGUUGUCAAGAGUAAAAAUCGAAUAGAAAACCAGGGCUUCAAGAUAGAAGUGACAAACUUUAUUGGAACGAACACAAAACUAAUACCAGUGAAGCGAAAGAUGUCCAUAGAUGGCACGGAAGAAGACCAACAGGGUUCCGUGACAAAAGGACCAAGGAUAGAUAUUGAAGAUGAUAUUCAAACAGAACUAAAAGCAAAUGAGACUGGACGUCUAGACCAAAAAGAUCCGUUAUCUGACUUAACAAAGGACCAGCGUGUCGCUCUCUACACCUUGUUACUGUGCGAUGGUAUCCGUGGUGUUUAUGUGGAUGAUGACGUCACUAUGGGCGACAUCGAUGUCAGGAGGAUACUGAGUGAGCUGGAGGAGAAAGGACUGAUAACACGUGACGAAGCUAGUGUGGAAAUCCCAUCAAACCAAUAUGAAAAGAUAAUGAGAUUCUACAGAGAGAACUGUCUGUUGAGUGACAUAGACAAAGAUUUUUACAUACAGGUUGCUUCAAAUGAAUCCUUACAUAUAUAUGCAGAUGUGUAUCUCCGUCAAUCUGCUGAAAAAGAAAAGCCCGAGGAUAUCCCUAUCAAAUUAUUGAGACUGGUUUUGGAGGGCCGGGCAAAGGAUGCAGGAAUGUCUAUUCCAGAGAAAAAGAAAACCCGUCAAAUUCAGAGCAUGGUCGAAUUAGAUAUUUGA